AUGAAUGACGGCAAAAAGAAGCUGACCGUCGAGAAGUCUGUGCGACGGGAAAACCGCGUUGCCAUCCUAGAAAAUUUGCCCAGUCGCACAGCGGCCGAGAACGCCGAGCUGCAGGGUCUGUAUGAGAAGUCUUCCGUCUUUGAAGAACAAUACGAUGCGGCACUCUUUUCACCGGAACAUGCCGAGUUCAAACGACAACACAAUCAAGCAUUUGGUAAGCUGGUAGAAUACAUUCAGAGUAAAAGUGACACAGCAGAGCCCGUCAAUGUCUUUUUUUUGGAUGGUCCAGAUGCCGCCACAACCAAAAGUCUUCUCAAUGAUGACGAGACGGGGAUUAUUACUAUCGGUCAACUAUUUGUCGCCAAUCGGCACGAAUCCACCUGCGAGGUACUUCGAGAGACAUACUGGGCAAGUCAUCCUUCCAAUGUGGUUCACAAUUCUGCCGCCGAUGCCCUCUACAACGAAUUCCGUCACAUACCGUUUGGGGCCUUCUACUUUGAUGGCUGUGGGGGGCAUGUGCCGAUGAUUUUGGAAAUGAUCGAAGCGGCCUUAUUAUCGCCAGUCGUCAUCAUGAAGAAUGAAACAAGAAUAACGAUGAGUAGUAGUCAUCGGCCCAUGGUGAUGGGCUUUAGUAUUAUGGGUGGGGGUCGAGAUAUUGUCGAGAAGGAGACUAGCGUCGUACAAGCGGUGGUACAACUGGCCAAGACCAGAAACCUGCAAGUGCGACACGUCUUGGAUGAUCCCUGUCAUUACGGAGUCGAUUCGUCGUUGUCCAAACUGCAAGGGGGAACCUUCACCUGUUGGCUGGUCCUAGAAUGA